AUGCAUCCCCCAUCAUCAUCUCAAUCUUCAUCUCCCAUUCAACAACAAACUCAAGAAAACAACAAUCAAAACCCUAGCAAAAUCUCUUCAAUCCUCAUCAACAACUUCAACUCACUCUAUCAUGAUCCAGAUAAUUACAAUCAUGCCACUACAAGUUCCAGUUCCACCAUGCCUCCUCCUUCGCCGCAAUCCGAUGACACCGACUCCACCACGCCGGAUUUCGCCGCCGUGUACAAAUCCCGCCGCUUCUUCUUCUCCUCCCCGGGCCACUCCAACUCCAUCACCGAAUCCGCCACGUCAUCCUUGUCCUCAUCAUCUUGCUCGUCAUCAUUGCCGGAGAGAGACAACGGAGUCGUCGACGGUGGAGUCCCGGUGCCGACUUUUUCUCCGGACCCUUAUCUGGACUUCCGGCGAUCCAUGCAAGAAAUGGUGGAGGCACGUGACUUGGCGGAUGCGAGGGAGCAGAUGGACUACUUGCAUGACCUACUCACGUGCUAUCUUUCAUUAAACCCUAAGAGCACACACAAGUUCAUAAUUGGAGCAUUUGCUGACCUGCUUGUCAGCCUGAUGACGUCAUCGCCGGUGGAGGGUUAG